CCGCGCGCCGGCUGGGCUAGAGUUGCAGUCCCUCCGGUGCGCGCAGGCUGCCAGAGCCACUUCUCAUCACAUCUAGACAACCGUCGCUACCCCAGGGCCAUUACUGGCCGCUUCUGGACCUUUCGGAGAUAAGAGAAUGGACCCUGGGAGUGGAGGACCCAGUUAAUCUGGGAAUAACGGGGUCAAGGUACUGAUGUGUGAACUGGAAGCUUCAGACUUUUCAAAGAAACUUCAGAAUAGCUUUGAAUAGGACAAGCUAGAAAUCCCUUUUGAACACUGCCUUCAGCAUGCAUCUCCCACUUUGAACUUCCCUGGCGAGGAGCUUCCCAGAGAGUUCAUUCUGCAGACAGCCACACUCACGCUAAUGGAACCAGACUAAUUCAUUGGAUCGGGGAAAAAGAGGAACAUCACUCUGGGGGAGAAAGAGGUGAUACCAGAAAAGAAACCCCAAAGAAAGAGGAUGAGGGCAAUUGGAAAGUAAAUGGCCGCCUCCACCUCCACAGAGACGAAGUCAGCCUCUUGGUGGAAUUAUUUUUUCCUUUACGAUGGUUCAAAGGUAAAGGAAGAAGGAGAUCCAACAAGAGCUGGUAUUUGUUAUUUUUAUCCCGCUCAGACGCUGCUUGACCAACAGGAGUUGCUUUGUGGACAGAUUGCUGGAGUUGUCCACUGUGUCUCAGACAUUUCUGGCUCUCCGCCCACUCUCAUUCGUCUGCGGAAACUGAAGUUUGCCGUGAAGGUUGACGGAGAUUACCUUUGGGUGCUAGGCUGUGCUGUGGAUAUCCCUGAUGUCAGCUGCAAGCAGUUUCUGGAUCAGCUAAUUGGCUUCUUUAGCUUUUACAAUGGACCUGUUUCUCUGGCUUACGAGAACUGUCCUCAGGAAGAACUGAGCAUGGAGUGGGACACCUUCAUUGAGCAAAUUCUGGAAAACACUGGUGAUCUGCAUAAGAUAUUCAAUUCCCUUUGGAACUUGGACAGGACUAAAGUGGAGCCCCUGUUGUUGCUGAAAGCGGCCCUCAUCCUGCAGACCUGUCAGCGCUCGCCUCAUAUCCUGGCUGGCUGCAUCCUCUACAAGGGCCUGAUUGUUAGCACCCAGCUACCACCAUCCCUCACUGCCAAGGUCCUGCUUCACCGAGUGACACCUCACGACAAGAGUAAACCUACAGGGGCGGAUGCCUUGCGGGGACAUGGAGCCGCACUCCCCCUGAACGUGCAGAUCAUGCCUGUGUUUGUGACCGAAGAGGAAGCCGGCAGCCUCCGUGAAUUCCUGGUGGAGCAGAUGACUAGCCCUCCUGCCUCGCCAGCCAGACUCCAGGGCAGCUCAGCUCGACACCCUCUUAGGGACUGGAGCACAUCUACACUAAAGGAAAACACCAUCAGGCAUGUGGGAUCCAUGGCCUGGACUUUGGCCACCACCCUGGGGCCCAUGUCCCCUGACUUCGCUGGGCCAAAUGACACGGGGGAGAACGGAUACCUGUUUGGCUAUGAUACAGAGAAUAUCAAGCCCACAAAGCUGCACAGCACAGCCAGGAGCACAGGCUCUGGUCCCAGUGGUGCCCUGGUAAAGGAGCUUGGCUUUUCCCAAGGGGAACUGGACUUGUCUGUACUCCACAUUCCAGAAGCUUUGGAAAUGGAAACAUCCUCAGGUCAUUCUGCCUUCCCACACAUGUCUGCCCCAGAUGGUGGUGGUCCACACCACAGGGAAUCAGUCAGCAACCUUGGCAACCCAGAACCCAGGCCUUCUGAGGACCUGCCUGCAGGCACAGCCACCAGUGGCUCCCUCACUCCCUCCUCUCCUGAGGUGCCCACCCAGAACGGAGCCCUGGAGCAGCAGGAAGACCUUCCUGGCGACAGCCACCAAGCCCCUGUUCCCAGAGAAGAUCCUCUGCUCGGAAGGACCAGCAGGCCAUUGCCAUCACCUCCCUCAGCUUCGAGGCAGAGAGGAAAGAAAACUCCCGUGGAGGAGCAAGGCGUGGGUCUUUGUGUGGAUGGGGUCCACGAGAGCCAUUCAGGCCUGGCAAACCAUCAGGACAGCGAUCCCUCUGCAGACAGAACAGACUCACAGUCAGCCCCGGCGGAAUCCCACCUGGGACUUGUGAGGAUGAACCUCUACACGCACAGUGUGAAGGGGCUAGUGCUGUCCCUGCUGGCGGAGGAGCCGCUGCUGGGGGAUGGCCCAGCCAUCGAGGAGGUGUACCACAGCAGCCUGGCAUCCCUGAACGGGCUGGAGGUCCACCUGAAGGAGACGCUUCCCAAAGACGAGGCUGCCCCGGUGAACAGGACAUACAACUUCACGCACUACGACAGUAUUCAGAAUGUGCUGAUGGCAAACCUGCCAGCAGUGGCCACAGCCCAGGAUCGCCGCUUCCUCCAGGCCGUCAGCCUGAUGCAUUCCGACUUUGCCCAGCGACCCGCGCUGUAUGAGAUGACCAUAAGGAAUGCCUCCACAGCUGUGUACGCCUGUUGCAACCCUGUUCAGGAAACCUACUUCCAGCAGCUGGCCUCCCCAGCACGGAGCUCGGGCUUCCCCAGUCCUCAGGACGGUGCCUUCAGCCUCUCCGGCAAAGCCAAGCAGAAGCUACUCAAGCACGGGGUGAACUUGCUGUGA